CGCGUCUCGUCCUGCGGAUCAAAGGAGGGAGAUUGAUUUCACAUGAGGGAGAGGACAUAUAAGAGACCUGAUGCGAGAGGGCUCGGGAGUCUGACACUUCGAGGAAGGGCAGGAACUUUAGUCCAGAAUGUUGUGGAUUUUAAGGCCUAUUCCAGCACUGCUUUUCCUGGCCUAUUCACAAGCAGGAGAGGGUGAUGAUAUUCGAGCUGGCUGUAGCACAGCGGUCAAUGACCUGGUCUACAUCAUGGAUGGCUCCUGGAGUGUCGGGGAUGAGGAUUUUGAAACAGCCAAGCGCUGGUUGGUCAAUGUUACCAGCGGCUUCGACGUGAGCUCGCACUACACCCAAGUGGGCGUAGUCCAGUACAGUGACACCCCGAGGUUGGAGAUCCCGCUUGGCGUCCACAAGACUGCUCAAGAUCUCAUUAAAGCCAUUGAGAACAUCAGCUACCUCGGUGGCAACACUCAGACAGGCCGUGCCAUAAAGUUUGCCGUGAACCACGUAUUUGCAUCCUCGCAACGGAGUGACGUGAAGAAUCGCAUUUCCGUGGUAGUGACUGAUGGAAAAUCGCAGGAUGAUGUUGUGGAUGCCAGCAUGGAGGCACGGGCUCAAGGGGUGAAGGUCUUUGCGGUGGGUGUGGGCACAGAGAUCACCACGUCAGAGCUGGUGACCAUCGCCAACAAGCCGGCCGGUGACUACGUGCUUUACGCCGAGGACUACACCAAUAUCGAUCGUAUCCGUGACGCCAUGGAGCAGAAGCUGUGCGAGGAAUCUGUAUGCCCCACUCGUAUUCCUGUGGCCUCCCGUGACGAGAAAGGCUUUGAGCUGAUGUUGGGGAUGAAGAUCCAUGAGAAGGCUAAGAAGAUACAGGGCUCAUUAGUGUCCGAGGCAGCCUAUCUGCUAGACAAAAGUGUUGACAUUACUGAAAACACAAGGGAAAUUUUUCCAGAAGGCCUUCCACCCUCCUAUGUGUUUGUGUCGACUGUGAGGUUGAAAGGGCCCGCGCGUAAGGAAAGGUUUGAUCUGUGGAGAGUGCUGUCUAAAGAUGGACAGGUUCAAGCAGCUGUCAUUAUGAGUGGAAAAGACAAAUCUGUCAGCUUCACAACCACCAACACACUUAAUGGGCAUCAGAUCAUUACUUUUGAUAAAGAAGUUGAGAGGCUUUUUGAUGGAAACUGGCAUCAGUUGAAGGUUCUGGUUAACCCCAGACGUGUCACCUUUUUCCUGGAUGACGAGCAGAUACAGGAUGAGGCUUUGGACACUGUUGUGCCCAUCUUCAUCAAUGGAAAGACUCAGAUUUCCAAACACUUGAGCUCUGAUGCAACACUUCCUAUGGAAAUCCAGAAACUGAGACUUUAUUGUGACCCACAACAAAGUGAGAGAGAGACAGCAUGUGAAAUCUACUCCGUGGAAGAUGAAAGGUGCCCCCUGGAUCGUGAGCCUACAAAAGAUACAGGGGAAGAGUGUGACUGCAAUGAAGGGCAGUCUGGACCACCUGGUCCACCAGGGCCCCCAGGACCAAGGGGUGCCCGUGGCGAGAAGGGAAGAGAAGGACCACCGGGCCCAGACGGUAAGACUGGACCUCAAGGUAAAAAGGGAGAGCCUGGCAUAACUGGAAAGAAGGGUGACGCAGGUCUCCCAGGGCCAAAGGGUGAACCAGGACAGAAGGGUUGGAAAGGUGAACGAGGAGAACAAGGGUUGCCAGGGAAACCGGGCCCGCCAGGACCCAUGGGUGCGACACGACUAAAAAACCCCACUGUUGGAAUGCCAGGAAAACAGGGAGAGGAUGGGGAGAAAGGUGAACAAGGACCUCCUGGAAAGCCUGGUCCGAAGGGGGAACCUGGAGUUCCUGGCAGUGAAGGACCAUUUGGCCCCAUUGGACCAAAGGGAGAGAAAGGAGCCAUUGGAUUGCUAGGUGCAGAUGGACCACAAGGAGUGCCAGGGAUCCGUGGGCUUCCUGGUGAGGCUGGGACAAUCGGACAACAGGGGACAAGAGGACCACCUGGCCAGAAAGGUUCACCUGGACCAAAGGGACCUGCAGGCACACCAGGACCCGUAGGGCCCCCUGGAGCUGAUGGACUUGUCGGCCCCGAGGGUAGUCCAGGAGAAAAAGGAAACAUGGGUGUUUCUGGUAAAGCAGGUCAAAAGGGUGAUAAGGGCGAGCAAGGGUUUCCUGGGCUUCAGGGUGCUAUGGGACUUACUGGAUUUAAAGGACACAAGGGAGAGAGAGGAGAACCUGGACCCAGUGGAAUUCAGGGUGAGAAAGGCAACAAUGGGGUACCUGGAACACCUGGGCCUUCAGGUGAAGUUGGGCCCAGUGGUGGCAAAGGAGAGAAAGGUAUGCCAGGUGACACUGGAGUCAAAGGUACUGAUGGACAGAAGGGGGGCAUGGGGCACAUCGGCAUAAUCGGUCCACGUGGGUUUCCCGGACAGGACGGGUCACCGGGACAGGCUGGUGUUCCAGGCAUUCCAGGGAAACCUGGUAAACCUCCCUCAGAAGACUACUUGAUUAAACUGUGCGGGGACAUUUUAAGAAAUCAGCUGCCUCAGCUACUGCAGACGAUGACACCUCAGCGCUGCGAACCCUGUCAGACUGUUAAAGGACCCCCGGGACAGCCCGGAGCUCCAGGCCCUAAAGGUUCUCAUGGUCCUUCUGGUUAUCCCGGCAGACCUGGCUCUCAGGGCUACCCAGGACCACCGGGCAUCCAAGGACCCCGAGGAGUCAAAGGGGACACAGGCCUACGUGGGGUUAAAGGCAAUAAAGGAGAGAGCAGACCAGGACACCCAGGACCUCCCGGGGACCCAGGGAUGCAGGGUCCUCGCGGCAGCGAUGGCAUUGGUUUUCCAGGCCCUCCGGGAAUACCGGGUAAAUCCGGGAUUCCAGGCGUUCCGGGGAAGCAAGGUCCUCCCGGGCCAGCCGGCGUGUGCGACAUGUCCAUCUGCUACCAAGCAUACAACCUCAGGGGUGAACACUACAGUAAAGGGCCUGAUUUCUAACACGCACUCAGGAAACACAUGGGCUCAGGUCGCCAGAAGCGCCACAGGAAAUCCAGAGGAAUUUACCAACACGCCUCGGGACGCUGUCCGUGCACUGCCAUGGCAUAUAAACUGUUAUUAGAUCAAAUAAUGGUCAUCAUGUUAACAUUUCAAGAAGAGAAACUUUUAAUAGAGGUUUUGUGAACAUGAGCAAGGAACAAAUGGAGACAAUUUGUGAAAUGUUUCAGCAAGUUUGUUAUGAUGUAAAUGGAUGGUGAUAUGUCAUAAACGUGUCACUAACAUGAAUAUUUAUCGCCAUGACUUAUUUAUAUCAAUUUAUUACAUGAUUGAUGAGGUAGUGCAACAACUUUAUCAGCACUUAAAGGUAAAACGUUUUCUUUGUAGUACUGUUGCAUUAUGGGAAUUGUAGCGAUUCAACAUUUAGGGGUGGUUUUCCAGACAGGAUUAGAUUAAACAAGGACAAGGCCUUAGUUAAAUUAGCACAUUUGAGUAGUUUUUACAAACACGCAUUACAAAAAAAAUAUUUGCGCGCAUUUGGAGACAAAACAAUAGCACUGAUGUAUUUUAAGAUGUCAGUGCAAGCUGUUUUCAGCUUAGACAGCUCUAACAUUUAUUUUAAUCUAGGACUAGUCUUAAACCUUGUACCAGAAACCACCCCUUAAAGUAAAAACUUCCAGACAAACCAAAGACUUAAAUAUUUUAAAAUAUCUUCGUUUUAGCAUUAUGUGGUGCAUGGUUUGAGAAGAUGUAACAGAAGUUCAUUACUUCAAGGACCAACAUUAAAAAUUACCUUUUUUCUUGUUUCAUUGCUUUUAAUUUUAAGUUCCCCAUUACUUUCCUGGAAAUAUUUUAAUUUUAAGAACAACCAUCAUCAUUUCUUGAGCACAAUUAUGAAAUGUGCCUCAAAUAGCUGGCAGUGUUGGUUAAACUUAGAAAAAUAGGCAUUAAGGUAUCUUAAUUUUUGUUUAAUAUACAGUAUAUUGAGGUGGUUUCUUGGACAGGGCUUAACACUAGUCCCAGACUAACUUAAAUGUUAAAGGUGUCUUGAUCGAAAACAACUUGCACUGGCAUAUCUAAAAAUAUAUCCAUCUGUUUGUUUUGUCUCAAGAUGCACACAGUAAUCUUUUUAGUAAAAUAUGUAUUUUUUUUAAUGACUUGCAUAUCCUAGUUAAACCAAGGCCUAGUCCUGGUUUAAAAUAAUCCCUGUCUGGGAAACCACCCGAUUAAGUUGUAUUUCAAGAAAUAAGAAAUGCUACCAAUUAUACCAAAACUAUUUAUUCCGUUUUGUGUAUUCAGAGAAUUAUAUUUGUAAUAUAUAUGACUAUUAUUUUAUUAUGCAUACAACAUGGGAUAAAAAAUAUGAAGCUAAAUAUAUUUAGUUUGCUAAAUAUAUCUGUUGUACUUUCUGGACAUUAUUUUCACUAUUAAAUCAAAACUGCAUACAACAUA